CAUUCACUAAUGACACACUCCCUCGUUCUCUCAUCCUCACCCAGCAUUACUUCUCUCAGUCCGGCACUCUGUUCCAGCAUUAACUUGGUCAACAUCAGAAAAGCACCAUCGGUUUGUUGCAAGAGGGUCAGCUCAAGCAAAGUGACCUGAUCAUCUGAAGCCUUCUUCAGGAGAUUCGUCCUUCACCAGUCAUUAAGACCAGCACGUUUUGUGGUUGAUAAGGAAAGAUGUCGCUCCUGUUGUCAGUGCUGAUAUGUCUGGCUGUCCAGCUGUGUCUGGGAGAUGAGCCUGUGGAGGAAACCAUCAUUCCCAAAAAAGUUCCUCUUCUGGGUGGGUGGUUUGAGAGCAGUCCAGAGUCAGCUGCUGUUCAGGAGGCAACCCAAAAUGCUGUGGAGAUGUUCAACACAAACUCCAAGAUGAGGAAGAUGUUCAAACUGGUCUCCAUCACUGCCGCUCAGACUCAGGUGACCAAUAGGAUCAACUUUAAGAUUGAUGCCAUCCUGGGAAAAACCAAUUGUCUCAAGGCUGAAAACUAUGACUUGAACAACUGCAGUUUCGAGAAAAAGCAAGUGAACUGCCAUUUUGAGGUGGCUUUCAACUCCCGUAACAACAAAUAUGAGCUGCAACAACAGAGGUGCACAAAACUUGGGAAGAGGGUUUAACUUUUUUAUGGGCUUUAAUUUUUUGUGUGUUUUUUAUUUCCUCCAAUGCAGACCAGGUCUGUAGCUUUGAUUACCUUUUUACAUUUUGAUACAGUGCUGAUGUUUUGGUUUUUAUGAAUGGAUAUAUGGCAUGAUUGGCAAAAUGAUAGAAGACAACUCUUAACAAUGACAAAUCAUUGUCCCAAUAAAAUUAUUUUGUCAAAGGA